GGACGAUUGCCAUAGUUUAGAAGUGCUUUCCUUCCGAAGUGUAGUACUUACAAUCCAUUUGCGGUUAUGCGCCUUGCUUGCUGAACUCUGUUCCAUUCAUAGCCAGCCAAGCGCUCUAAUCAAACCCGACCACUUUGCAAUUUGAGAAAGACGAUUUCACUGAUGAAACCUUUGGGUAGUCUAGCUGUUGCACUCGGAAGUGGAAUUAGAACCUGCUGUAAGGGAUUCGCAGUGUCGACUAAUGCACGAGCAUGCUGCCCCUGCAACAAGCAAACUACAGCAAGUAACACGAGUAGUAUGAGAAAGAGUAAUGAGGAUUGCUCCGUAUGUACGGAGUACUGGGUUGACACUUUGAAAGUCGUAACAAGUUCGGUAUUGCGAGGCUACUGUAUUUCCUUUCACUGAUCAAUUGCGGCAUAGUGGAGCUAUAGGUAUUGCAGCACUUAAAGGCGGAGAAAAG